AAACGAACAGGUGGCGCUGAUUGUCAGUCGAUUUUAUAAAUAAUUGAAAGUUUGAGAUAUCUGCGGAUAUAUUGAAGAUUUAAAUUUAUGAUGUAUAGUUUUGAUGGUGAAUUUCGUCAACGUCCAGAACAAUCAUUGGGUGGAGCAAGCAAAAAGCUUCCCCGAGAAGAAUUAUUAAGAAAAGCAGCACUUGAAAGACAAGAAAGAGAGAUUACCCGAAAGAAAAUCUCUGCUGCUAUUAAAAUACAGGCAUUUGUUAGAGGAUGUCUAAGUAGAAAGCAUAAUAAAAUUAAUGAAAGAAAUCAGUUUGAUAAUACUCUACAAUACUAUAAUGUAAUUACAUCAUCAUCAGAAAAAAUAAAAAUAAUAGGUAAAUUAUUGCAAAAGUUUAUUUAUUUUUAUACAGAAGAAUGUGAUUCACAACGUUUGGCAUGCAUUAGUCAAAUAACUCUUCAAAAUAGUUCAUUAAUUGCAAGUAUGCUACUAAAUGAUUCUGUUCAUUGGAAAACAAGAAUACAGAAACUCUUAAUGCUGAAUUUGAGGUAUUUGGUUGGGCAAGUUUCAAAUCCAAUUCCAUUAGCAGUCCCAUUGAGACUUAUUGAAGUAUUCACAUCUGUAAAUACAUAUAAUUUUUCUAAAGAAACAAGAACUAUACAGGACUUAUUGAGAAAUUUAUGGACUUUUUUAAUUAAAAGAGGGUAUUUUAAACAUCUCCUUGUUAUAUUGGAAAAUCGUGUACCAGAUUCUAUUUCAAAUUCGCCAAAUCCUCCAACUCCAAUAGCCUCUUCUCUCUUAGAUCUUUUCAUGGGACCAUUGUUAAUUGAAAGUUCUUCAUUGUAUAGGAUACAAGUCCUCCAAUAUAUGCUUCAGGAAGUAUUUCAAGGGCCUUUACUGUUACAAGUGAUAAACUUUUUAUUGCCUUCCCUUGCAUCUAGAUCUGAUAUUAUAAAAGCUUCUGAAAUAUUAGAUGCUUUAUUACCAGUGGAAGAUUCUAACCGUUAUAAGUGCUUGACAAUAUCUCCUUCACCAUGGUUGUUAUAUGCUGUGUUAGCUUUAAUUUCUCCUCAGACAGAAAUCUUGUCACGAGAUACAGUUAUUCACUAUUUACAUGUUUUAAGACAUUUGGUGACAGUUAUUCCAGCAUUUUCAGAAGAUGUUGAUGUCUUAAAUGAAGCCGAUGAAAGAGAUGAAGAUAUGAAAGAUGAAGAUCAGGAUGAAGAAUUAGAAAGAAUUUCUGAAGUUUCAAUUGAAAUGCUGAAUAACCAACAACAUGUUAAUAUUCUCUUAUCAGCUGUUGAAACAGAAGAAGGAAAUAGUCAAACAUUAAUUUCACUAUGUUGUAUUUGCCAUACAUUAUUAUUGCAUCAUAAAUUAGCUAUUCAUAGAUAUCGAUUACUGUAUAGUCUGACUUUUAAACCAAAAUUUCUUCGGUAUUUGUGGUAUUCUGUGGUCUCAUCUACAACAUCAGUUGUUUUUGAUUCACAGACAUCACUAUUGCAAUUAUUGGCAAGAGGUGUUCCUUUGUCAUCUUCAGAUUUGGAAAACUUCCUUCCUCAGUUAACUUUAUUUUGUGCAUUUUUGGGUCAUCUCCUACCUACAUUAUAUGAUAUUGAAUUUUAUGGAGAUGAAACAGGUCUUGCAAAUCCAUCUACCAUGCCUUUUAGUACAUCAGAAUUAGCAACAAUUAGUCUUACAUUACGAGAUGUUUGUUUAGGUUUAAUUGAAUUAGCAUAUCCUGAUGUUAGACCCUCUUUUAAUAAAGAAUAUCAAAGAGCUAUGUUAAGUAUAGGUGCUCCUCCAGAGAAAAUUUCUUCUGAAGAAAUGCAAGAAGUAAAAAAAUGGUUACAAUUAUUUAAGGUUACAGUAACACUUCUUCGCCAGUUAUACAGUAGAGAUGCUAGACGUCAAUAUUGUGAAGAAACCCAUUGGUUGGCACCACAAGUUGAGAUACCCAUAAAUAGGCCAAGAGAUUUGCAGUUUGGAUGCCGACGAAUUCACAGUUACAGACCAUUCAUAGGAAUGCGUUCCUUAACUCGAGAACAGAUGGGCAAAAAUAAUGAUAAAGAAGGAUGUCCUCUCACAGCAAAUGAAAUUAGACAUAUGACAAUACUUAAAGAACUUCCUUUUGUGGUUUCAUUUCAUGAUAGAGUAAAGAUAUUUCAGUCGUUAAUUGCAAAUGAUAGGAGAGAAAAUCAGGGAGAAAUGGUUAAUUUUAUGAUUGGUUUGAUAAAUUUACAAGUAAGAAGAAAUUAUAUCUAUGAAGAUGCCUUUGAUAAAUUAUCAAUAGAUAAUGAACCAAAUCUGAAAUUAAAGAUGAGGGUUCAAUUAGUAAAUGCUGUAGGAUUAGAUGAGGCAGGAAUAGAUGGAGGUGGCAUAUUUCGGGAAUUUCUAAGUGAAUUAUUAAAAACUGCAUUUGAUCCAAACAGAGGAUUUUUCAAAACUACUCAUGAUCGACUACUGUAUCCUAAUCCUAGUGUCCAUCUACUGGUAGACAAUUUCACAAAGCAUUAUUUUUUUAUUGGUCGGAUUUUAGGAAAGGCAAUUUAUGAAAACAUGCUUGUUGAAUUGCCAUUUGCUGGAUUUUUUCUGUCAAAAAUAUUAGCGAGGUACUCGUCAGAUGUAGACAUACAUCACUUGGCAUCUCUAGAUCCUGUAAUGUACAAAAAUUUGCUGUAUUUAAAAACAUAUACAGGAGAUGUCUCUGAUAUUGGUUUAGACUUUACAGUCUUAAACAGUGAACUAGGAGAAAAUCAAAUGGUCGAUCUGAAAUCAAAUGGAUCAAGUAUUCCUGUCACAAAUUCCAAUAGAAUUGAGUAUAUUCAUUUAAUGGCAGACUAUAAAUUGAACAAACAAAUAAGAGUGCAAUGUGCAGCUUUUAAAGAAGGAUUAGCUAAUGUCAUUAAUUUGGAAUGGUUAAGAAUGUUCGAUCCUAAUGAACUGCAGAUUCUGAUUUCUGGUGCUCAUACUCCUGUGGAUGUAGAAGAUCUUAAAAUUCACACCAAUUAUGCAGGAGGCUAUUCCAUUGAUCAUCCAAUAAUCAAAGCAUUUUGGAGAGUAGUUGAAAAUUUUGACGAAAAAAGAAAGCGACAGUUACUAAAAUUUGUGACCAGUUGUUCGAGACCUCCAUUACUCGGAUUCAAGGAUCUUUCGCCUGCAUUUUGUAUCCAGUAUGCCGGGAACGAACCGGACAGACUACCCACGGCAUCCACUUGCAUGAACUUGCUAAAAUUACCCGAAUUCAAAGACGAAGAAACGCUUCGUGCUAAGUUGUUGUACGCCAUCGAGUCGGGAUCGGGAUUCGAACUGAGCUAACGUUUAAAUGGAUUAGCACGUCGACAUUGUACAUAAUUUAUAUUUGUAUCGUACGUCGCAGUCGUGUCUCGAUCUAAGGUUAGAAAAAAAACAAAAAUUCCUCGAAAAUCGAAGCUCAGUUGUUUUACCCAACAAUUCCUAAACAAAAUUCUUUCUCUUACGCAAAGAUGUCAUUAAAUUUGAAAUGUGUGUGUCAUGUAUAUAAAUAUACAAGAGGAAAGAAUGUUUAAAUGUACUUUUAUAAAUAGAUAAUAAAUUGUAUUUAACAGCAAAAACUCGAAUCCAGAAUUUUUGUCACCUAUGCCAGAAAUUUAAGAUAUUCACUAUUCCAAUGAAUAAUAAAAAAUUAGAAGUGAAGGGUACGGACCACGGCAAAAGUAAAUCGCCACCUUCCAGGUAUAUGA